GUGUCUGCAGCGAGCAGGCGGACGGGGGGCGCGGGCAGAGAUGGCUCGCAGGGGGCUGGGUGCCCCGGGUGUGCCCUUGGCUUCAGACACCAGGAGAAAGCAGUGAGCAUCAGCACCAGCCCUUGGACAACAGGCAACUCGGCGGAGGAUGUCCUAUCAGGAUGAAUAUGGCUCAUUCAAGAAUUAACUCUCUACUCAUCUUCUACCUCAAUUUCUUGCUGCUCAUCCAUUUAAAAAAAUCACUUUGCAUGAAGAAUGAUUCCAGGUGCCUGUCAAACUCUUGCCAAAAGAACUCUACCUGUGUUGCUGGUCAUAAAGAUGACCCUUGCCUUUGUGCAGAUGCAUCAGCGGACAGUGAGGAGGAGCUCUGCAACAAAACCUCCAACCCUUGCUCCUCGAACCCUUGUCUCCAAAACGCUACUUGCCUCGGCUCUGCUGGAAACCUCAGCUUUACCUGCCAGUGCCCCGCUGGGUUUGAUGGACCUACCUGCGAGAGGGCCGACAGCGGCUGUGAGACCAACCCGUGCGAGCACGGAGGCACCUGCCAGAGCAGCGUGGCGGGGCCCAGCUGCCUGUGCAGCGCCGGCUACACCGGGGCGCUGUGCGAGAGCGAGCUGGACGAGUGCAGCUCGGAGCCGUGCCGCAACGGGGCGCUCUGCAGGGACGGCGUGGGCGAGUACUCCUGCUACUGCGUGCCGGGCUACCAGGGCAGGCACUGCGACCUGGAGGUGAACGAGUGUGCCUCGGACCCCUGCCUGAACGGGGCGACGUGCCUCAACCAGAUAGGGCACUAUGACUGCGUCUGCGCCCUUGGCUACACAGGUACCAACUGCGAGGUGGAAAUCGAUGAGUGCUUGUCCCAGCCAUGCCAGAACGGGGGCACCUGCCAGGAUUCCCUGGGGAGCUUCUCCUGCUCGUGCGCGCGGGGCUUCCUCGGGGAGCUGUGCGACACCGACGUGGACGAGUGCUCCAGCCAGCCCUGCCUGCACGGGGGGCACUGCGCGGACGGGGCCGGCGGGUACAGCUGCAACUGCACCGGGACUGGAUUUAUGGGCUCGCACUGCGAGACCCGCGCUCCCUUGUGCUGGUCACAGCCAUGCUACAACAACGCCACUUGUGAGGACCAUGCUGACACUUACACAUGCCACUGCUGGCCAGGCUACGCGGGCUCCCGCUGCGAGGAGGACAUCGCCGAGUGCCGCAGCAGCCCCUGCCUGUCCGGCGGAGACUGCCUGGAGCGCUCCUGGGCCGGCCUCUACGGGCUCGUCCCGGGGCUGCCGCCGGCCUUCCGCUACGACCGGGCCGAGGGCUACAUCUGCCGCUGCCUGCCGGGCUUCACCGGUACUCACUGUGAUGAGGACGUCAACGAAUGUUACAUGAACCCUUGCCAAAAUGGUGGGAUCUGUGAGAAUUUUCCUGGAAAUUACACUUGCCAUUGCCCACCUGCAGACAAAGAAGGGAUUUUUUAUGGUGGCUGGAACUGUACAGAAGUUCUGCAUGGCUGUGCUGAUCAUCAAUGCCAAAACAAUGGAAUAUGUAUCCCACAUUUAAAAAAUGGCCAACACGGAUUCAGCUGCAUAUGUUCACCUGGGUAUACUGGCAUACACUGUGAAACCAUAACCACAUUUUCUUUUCAAGGAAACAGUUUCCUUUUGUUGAAGAAUCCCCAGACCCAUAAAAAGGAUUUUUUCUAUAAUAUAAACCUGAGGUUUCAAACUGUGCAACCCACAGCUUUUCUGUUUCACCGAGGGGAGAAAAACACCUUUGCAAAGUUGGAAUUACUGAAUGGCUACUUACACUUAUCCGUGCAAGUCAAUAAUCAGCCACAGGCUCUUUUGCAUAUUCCACAUAAUGUCAGUGAUGGAGAAUGGCAUUCAGUGGAGGUAACCCUGGCAAGAGCUGUUGUUCUUAAUUUGCUUGACAGCUCCUGUGUAGAAUCCUGUCUCAAUAAAACAUCUGCUAAGGUAGAUAACGAGCUGGUGAUGUUUGCGUUUCAGAGCACGUUUUUGGGCGGCUUACCAGUGGGGAACAGCAACUCUCUACAGAACACCUUUAAUACACAUUCUGCACCUUCAUUUGUAGGCUGCCUUCAGGAUAUUGAGAUAGACUUGAAUGUUAUUACUCCAGAGAAUGUAUCAUCUGGAUCAUCUUUAAAUGUCAGGACAGGCUGUGCUAAAAAGGACUGGUGUGACCCCCACCCGUGCCAGAACAGGGGACGCUGCGCCAACCUGUGGCUGAGCUACCACUGCGACUGCUACCGGCCCUACACAGGGCCAGACUGUGCAGCAGAGUACAUUCCAGGCCGGUUUGGAUCUGAGGACUCCUCAGGCUAUGCUGCUUUCCCUGUUGAUUCCACUCAGAAUGAGAACUUCAUCAUAUCAAUGUUUGUCCGAACACGCAAACCUUCUGGCUUGCUACUGGCUCUGAGAAACAGUACUUACCUCUACAUAAGAGUCUAUUUGGAAGGUGGGAAACUCACCAUGCUAGUUCUAAAUUCCAUGAAGUUAUUAGGGAAACACUCUGUGAACGAUGGAAACUUUUACUUAAUAACAUUAAAAAUAGAACCAAAUAAGGUGGAGUUGUUCCAGUCCUCUCACUACCUAGGCUCUAUUUCUACUCCAGCACUAACCAUCCAAAGGAAGGAUAUUCUUUACAUUGGAGGCCUACCAGAUAACAAAGAAACUGACAGAAAUGGCAAAUAUUUCAAAGGCUGUAUCCAAGAUGUCAGAAUGAAUAACCAGCCACUGGAAUUCUUCCCCAUGACCAAUCCACCGAAUUCUCUUAUCAACCGAACUCUGAUCAAUGUCACCCAAGGCUGCACUGGUGACAACCUCUGCAAGUCCAACCCUUGCCACAACGGUGGUGUGUGCUAUUCCAUCUGGGAUGACUUCACCUGCACGUGCCCGCCUAACACCGUGGGGAAGGCGUGUGAGGAGGUUAAGUGGUGUGAGCUUGGGCCCUGUCCUCAUGAAGCACAAUGCCAGCUGGUGCACCAAGGAUUUGAAUGUCUGGCGAACGCGGUGUUCAGCGGCCGGAGCAGCGCCAUAUUUUACAGAAGCAAUGGCAAGAUCAGCAGAGACCUCACCAAUAUCGCUUUUGGCUUUCGAACCAGGGACACUGACGUGAUCCUGCUGUAUGCAGAGAGGGAGCCUGAGUUUGUCAUCAUCAGUAUCCACAACUCCAAACUCCUGUUCCAGUUACAAAGUGGCAACAGCUUCUACAGGCUGACCCUUGCGAGUUCAGAGCCUGUGAGCGACGGCAAGUGGCACCGAGUGAUGGUCUCCAUGGUGGAGCCCCUGGCCCAGUCCUCCAGGUGGCACAUGGAUAUAGACAACAAAGACACAGCAACCAGCACAGCUGCUGCAGGAAGCCUCAACUUUCUAAGAGAAGAGACAGACAUCUAUGUGGCUGACAGGGCUUUUGACAGCCUGGAUGGCCUGCGAGGGUGCAUGAGCACCAUAGAGAUCAGUGGCAUUUAUCUCUCGUACUUUGAAAAUGCUGACAUCCCUACUAAAAAACCUCAAGAGGAGCAAUUUCUCAAAAUAUCUGCAAACCCUGCUCUCACUGGCUGCUUGCAGGCAGAUUUCUGCAGCUCUGACCCCUGUAUGCAUGGGGGGAUAUGUGAAGACUCGUACACUUCCUACCGCUGCGUAUGUCCCGAUGGAUGGACUGGCGCCUACUGUGAAGUCAACAUUGAUGAGUGCUCCUCAAACCCCUGCAUCCACGGGAACUGCACGGAUGGCAUUGCCUCCUAUGAGUGCAGCUGUGAGCCUGGUUACACUGGGGAGAGCUGUGAGGAGGACAUAGAUGAGUGCCAUGGCCACCAGUGCGUGAAUGGGGCCACCUGUGUGGAUGAGAUUAAUGGAUACUCCUGCCUGUGUGCUGCCAACUUCACGGGGAGGUUCUGCAGGUAUCGAAGAUUACCUUUCACAGUUUGUGGGAAUGAAGAGAGGAACCUCACAUGUUUCAACUAUGGCAACUGCACCGACCUCGGGGACGAGCUGACCUGCAUGUGCCUGCCAGGCUUUGUGGGAGAACGGUGUGAGAAGGACAUUGAUGAGUGCAGCUCUGACCCGUGUCUGAACGGGGGCCUCUGCCAGAACCUGCUCAACAAGUUCCACUGCCUGUGCGACCUGAACUUCGCCGGUGACCGCUGUGAGAUCGAUCUGGCAGCUGACCUGGUCUCCAGCAUGUUCACGGCCAUCGGCUCGGUGACGCUGGCUCUGCUGCUGCUGCUCUCCGUGGCCUUGGUGGCCUCUGCUGUCACUGCCAACAAAAGGGCCACGCAGGGCACCUACAGCCCCAGCCACCAGGAGAAGGAAGGCUCCAGGGUGGAGAUGUGGAACAUGGUGCAGCCACCACCCAUGGAAAGGCUGAUCUAGAAGAGAGCAAAGCCACUCCUGAAUCCUCGGCUGAAGACACGGCUGAAGGGGACACUGUACAUAUGUUAAAUAUAUUCAUUUUCCUUCUUACAAACACUGCAAUGAUUUUUUUCACUGCUUUCCUUUGAAGUUCAAUAGUGAACCAAUGACAUUUAUCAUUGCUCUGGACCAGCCCAUCCAAGGACAAUUUCUAUUUGCACUGGAAACUCCAGCCUUGAUAAUCAGCAGUAGGAUUUUGGACAGAAAUGGCUCCUGGGAUAAAUGUAAUUCCUGUCCUGGACAACACAUGGACAACAGCUUCUCCUUUGGCUGCCUAGCAGUCACUGCUGCAGAAGAUGAUGCAGAUAAAGCAACUAAGCCUGUACAGCAAAGACAUUGUAAUUCUGUUAUCAGAGGGUUUAGAGCUGUGUCUCAGUGUGUCUUCUUUCAUCUGUUAAUCAGGGAUUGAAAGGAAGCUGUGUGAAAAUUCUCAAAAAUAAAUGCUUCAAAUUUAUUUUUCUCCCUUCUGAUUCUUUAAUUUUACUUGUUGCCCCUUCACCUUCUACUAAAAUGAAGGUGAAAUGAAUUUCAGUUCCCACAAAAGCACGUAUUUCUCUUAGGAUAAGACCGUGGCAGUGGGCACAAUAACCAGUGGGCACAACCUGGCCUGUUAGGAGACAUGAAAUCUAAAUAUCCUAUACAAAUUGUGUGCAUCCACACUACUGCCUUUUUCCUAUUACAGUAUUACUCCAUGAUCCCUUUUAGAAAAUUAUUGCUUCUCACAUUGCAAGCGUACAUUGGCUGCCAAAAAGUAUGCCCAGAAAGGUUUCCUAAGGAUCAUGGAAAAUACCAGGAAAGAGACAGAAGUGGCCUACAGGUAGAACAUUGGCUUGAAAAUAAUUAGGACAAACUUGGUGUUUCUCCUGGAGCUCAGACUUCUCAUAAGAUCAUGGGCAAAUAAAUUUUUAUGCCUCAAUUUUCCUCUUUUAAAACAGGGAUAAUCCUAUUUAACUACCUCAUAAACCUCAGGAGCAAAAGGGUUGCUUUGUCAAAAAAGAAACAAAUGCAUGAAAUGUGAUGGAGAAGCUUGGAAGAAAUCUUGUAAUGAAACAGACAAUUACAAAUAUGUAAUAAAAAUCACAUUGACAUGUAAUGCAAUGUAACAAACAUUUGAUACAAAGAAAUCUUGUAAUGAAAUAGACAUUUGAAAAUGUAAGUUAACAGUUGGACUCAAUGAUCUUAAAGGCAUUUUCCAGCCUUAACAAUUGCAUGAUUCUAUGUGCCAAAAAUGCUCCCAGGUCAAAGGGGAUUUUGAAUGUAGAGGCAAAAUAUUACUGUAACUCAUGCAGUCAAUUUUCAGAUGUAGCCAAGUAAUUAAAUCACAAACAUUGCUCCCACACAAACUGAACCCACAAUAAGGAGGCAACAGAGUGGAAAGUCCAUGAAGGCAUUUCCUUCUGCACUUCAGCUUACAUGUGCCCACAGUGUGAAACAUCCCAGACACAACAACCCCCAGAUGAUUAUUCCAGGAGUUGCAUAACAGAGCACACACACUCAGUAUCCAAGAGUUUAACUCAUCUUUUCAAUUAAUGAUCAAUUAAUAAUUCAUUUUGGGUGGCCCCUUACGAGAUUACUGAAGAUCAAUGCCACUCACAUUUAUUUUUGUAUUAGAUGAUUAGCAGGAACUGUGAUAGUAAGCACAUUCAAAACUUUUUGUAGUCCUCAUCAAUGUCUUUCAAAACAGGUACUAGAGGAAAUGUGAGUGGAUGGUUGGAUUCAAGCUGAGUUAGAAGAGCAGAAUGUAGUCACAGCAAAAAUGCAUGACAAAUUUUAUUCCAGCCAAAUUUGCAGCCUUACUACUGAAGCUUAUUAUUUUGAAUGAAAUCACUGUUGUACAGCUGCAGCUUAAAUUCAGAGAGUUCAAAAGAUAACUGAGGAGAGAGUGGAAAAAUAAGUUACUAAAAUUAUGAUAAGAGAGAGCAGAAACUGUUUUCUCUGGAUCUUUCCAAAUCAUGGCUUUAUGUAAUUACAGAUGCAGUGGCCUUUAAUUGAAACUUGAUUUAGCCCAGCUUUUGCCCCAUGAGACACUGCUGGGGCAUAAUAAAGCACACCUAAAGUUUGUUAGGUGUGAUCAUUUCUAGAAAGAUACAUAAACACUGGGGGGAAAAAAGGAAUCAAUUGAGUCUAAGAGUGUCCAGUUUGAGGCAGAAAAUACCAAAUAAAUGAAACAGCAGAGAAGAACAGCAUGUGAAAAUGAGAGACCACAAGAGAAGCAGAAGUUUUUUGUGUGGAUUCUUACAUGUAGGUUUUGCCUCACUCACAAAAAAGCUGUGAGAGAGCCAAAGACAAACCAUGCCCAGAAAGUGGCCAAGUGGGCAAAGGUAUGGGAGGCUGAGAUACCAAGGGGACAAGCAGUGAGUGUGUGAGGAAGGGAAAAACUUGGGGACAGCAAGCUCUGAACAGCAGGGCAGGUCUGGAAGAAUGAAUUAGACCCAAGCAGCAGAAGCAGCACAGGAAUAACAAAGUGGGUGCAAAGAAGAUGCUCCCACACACCUGCUUCAUGCUCUUGGUUUUCUGGUCAAUGAAUUCAGCUGAGAGAAUUGAUAGAGAUCUCAGAGAUGGAGAGAAAAAAAAAAAAAAAAAAAAAAAAAGAGAGAGAAAUCAGGUCAUAUCAGAAAUAUCAGUAAGAAUGAUUAUAAUAAAGGUCUAACUUUGAAGUCUGCCCUUAUUUGAGCAGGAGGUUGAACUAGAUGACAUCAGCAGGUCCCUUUCAGGCUUAAUUAUCACCUUAUUCAAAGAAAAAGGACAAAAGGGAGAAAGCAGCUGAAGAUAGAGGCAGUUUGCAAGGAGAACUAACUUGAAGGAAAGCACAAGAACAAGAAUAAGGAAGUAGCUGAAGAGUUCAUCUGCUCUUCUCCGUGGUUUGACUUUCUGGAUGAAAUUUGGGAGACAGUUAAAAAACAAUCUGUAGAGAUGUAAUAAAAUAUUCCAGAAAGUGUUGCCACAGAGAGAAUCUUUAGGGCUGAGCAAGAUACCCAGGAGCGUGUACAGAGGAAGGAAGAGGCAGAGAAGAUGAAAGCCUGAAGACUUUUCAUACAGACCAAAGAGGGUUCAGGAGGAAUAUGCUCCUAGAGAAUUAAAAAGACACUCAUAAAAGCACAACAAAGAGAAAAAUCUCACAGUGAAAUAUGAGUGUGGUUUGUAGAAAGUAAGUCAAGGAGACAGAAGGCA